AUGGCUACCCUCGCCCCGCCCCCGCCUCCUUCAGAUACCCGCAACACAAUGUUCGGCUCGUCCUCGACGUCGCAAUCCUCGGACACAAGCUCUGACAGCCGUAGUGCAGGCAGCUCCCCAAAUUCUUCUGGCACCUCACCACUCGUCUCAUUUGACCAUCCGCUCGACCCCUCCGACCCUCUUCGCUUCUUGGCUGACCCACUUGCUGUCGACACUCACUCGAGCUCCGGCGUUGACUCCUCUACAGAAGAUUCUUUGUGUUCGCCCACUCCACCGUCCUUGCAUGACAGCCCAGCGGGAGACUGGUCUACCACUUCGGCACCCGGCAAGGAUUCCGCAGACGUUCUCUGGCCACAAUCAGACUUCUCUUCCUUUUCACUUGAUAAUUUCAAUCCUCUCGCAGGCAUGGAAUUCCAGUUGGGUCUUGACUCCAUGCUUUUCUCAGGCGAUUCACUCUUCAUGGAUUCUUCUGCCUCUGGCACUCAGAACGGAAUGCCCACGGACAUCUCAUACACAUGUAACUUUGGAAAUGAUGAUGUUCAGAAUUCCCAUAUUCAACCUGCGAAUGUGGAUGACAAGCGGCCUAGCAUUUCGUCUUCGUCCCCCAGUCACCAACUUGUGUCUGCAAACAAUCAUUCUCAGGUAGUGCCUGGACCUUCACCCAGUAUCUUGCAAGACAUCGGUUCUGCUCCACAGUCUUGUCAAUCUCAAGUCCCAAACGAUCAGCUCAUGGACGAGUUGGCCGCACGAGCGAGACAAAUAGUGGGUUUGACUAUGGCUCUGCCUGUGAACGGGAAUCCCACAACGCAGCCAAGUGUACAAUUUAACUCACAACAAGAGCUUGUCGCCGGCGUUCCCGCGGUUUCACAUAUUCCGGCUCCAUCGGCUCAGGCUCCAUCUGUUCCUCCUGUUCCAUCUUCGGAAUCAAGCACCCCUUCCCCUACUUCUACGCCGGCACCUACAAGUACACGUACAAAGACAUCUCAUACCACUAUUGAGCGCAGAUAUCGUACUAAUUUAAAUGCGCGGAUUCAGAGUCUCCGGGCUGCUGUUCCUGCUUUACGUGUUCUCGAGGUGAAAGCUGGGAAUCGAGUUGGCAAUCUUCCCCUAAAGGCGGGGACCCGUCGUGUAGGCAUUGAUCCUGGUGCAGAGGCAGGACAGGAAGAUGUGAUCGACGAACGCGGAUAUAUUGAUGGUGUGAAGGUCGCUCGUAAAGGAAGCAAAGCAAAUGUACUCGGGAAAGCCGUGGAAUAUAUUCGAGUGCUCAAGCGACGCGAAAUGCGCCUGAAGCGCGAGAAAGAUGGCUUGAAAGCACUUGUACGCAGUCUCGUGGGCGGACCUGAACUGGUGCAACAGUGGGAGACGAUGUGGACAGAACGUUUUGGUGGUCCGGAAAAGGACCAGGUAGACGGUGAAGACGCUGAGGUGGACGAUGAGAAUGACGACGGAGAUGAUGACGAUGACGCCAUUGACAAGGAGGAAAGGGAUGAGGAGUUGUUGGGUAACAAAAGGAAACGAGCGAAAGUCGAUACGACGUCCACUACGCGUGGAAAGGGCAAGAAAACCAGUGCCGAAGCUGGCGCAGUCGAGCACUCUCAACAGACCCAACCAAUUCCCGUCAUGCCCUCCCAAUCUUAUCCUAAUCAAUUGGGUAUGUCUGUACCUAUACCCGCACAGCCAGAGAAGCGAAAGCGUGGACGUCCCCGCAAGGUACCUCUGCCUCCGGCAACUGCUUCCAAUGUUAUCGGUCAAUCACCCUUCACGAUGCCUUCCACGGCUCGGACAAUUCAGCAGCAGCCUGUCCCCGAGGCACCAAUGUCGCUUGGAAUGCGAAUGGACGUUGAAUUUCAGCAGAGUACAUCGCAAAGUGACCUUCAGUCUCCUCAAGUUCAGGUCCAAACUCAGCCUCAACCCGGUCAAUACCUCCUUGCUGCUUUCGCGUUCUUCUCAUUCUUUAACUCUCCUAUUCCCUACCGUGCACCAUCGUUUGGGAGUAGAUCGGGAUACGCUCACGAGUAUUCCGGUUCGGUUCUUGGAGAGCGGCACCCUGAUACAGCCACUAUGGAUUUGAGAUCUAUGCCAUCAAGAGCAUUCACGUUCAGUUGGCAUGAUGUUGUGCAGAUUGUACACCUGGCCGUUUCGGUUCUCCUAUUCUUUUCAAUGGUCCUACCGUGGGUUCCGCGUCUGGCUAAGUUUAUUCCUCGCCCUUUAAGGGGUAUCAUGGGAGCAGGAUUUACGGCAGAUCCUACCAAAUACCCCAACAACGCGUCAGAGGAUAGAUACAACAGCGAAGAAGAGAAGGCUGACGCCGAAGCCAGGGCGGCUCUCCUGUCUGCUCUUGGGAAAGGGCAUACACUUACACCCGCGGUGGAAGCCAGAGUCCUUCGUGACGCACUUGGUUUGGGUACUGGUGCAGUUGGCUUUUUCCUUUCAUUGACGCGCCAAAUGAGUGCACCAAGUAAGAGUCGCUCUUGUUAUGGACUCGAACGCCGAAUGUUAGAACAGAAAGCGUUCUUACGAUUUGCCGAGUUAAUCGCAUUGGACGCGCAUGCAUCAAUGAUGACACGGAUCCAGACGUAUAUCUAUGCCUUUAGGUUCUUCUCCAUCUUUUCUGCAUCCGUAAAGGACAUCUCGACCUUGGCUCUGGUCAUCCGGCCCGUAUGGCACGCGAAAAGCGCGGCUUUGUGGGCGCUCGCUCUUAGUCGAGCACAAGGCAAGGAUUCGUCUAGUCCACAUGUUUGCAAGGCAUACGAACUGCAUGUCCUGGAGAAGAUGACGAUUGACGAAGCUGCUGUGAAGGUGGCUGAGAUAGAUCAAGGCGAAGUUACUACGAACGCAGUAUCUGUACAUCCGAAUACUGGUUCUACUGAUCAGGGAGGCAUGUUCCACGAACCUACGAGUCCCCUCGCUGUCCUCGCCCGUCAUGCUAUUCGAAAUGCAGUUCGAACACACGCUGAGAAUGUAUUUCUACGGACGGUGGCUCCCGAUGAAGCAGAUUAUGACUGUGGAAAUGACAACGGAGAAAUCGGAACAGAAUUCACAGACUCUGAGAUCCGUCACCUUGUGGACGCAGGCCGCUCACUCGAUACACGUACUGUGUCGCUUGUGGAUAAGUUCGAACGAGUAUGUAACCCAACGUCCGCUCGUUUCACUUCCACUGCGCUGCUCGAUUCCGAAGUUUUCGAACUCAAAACGGUGGAAGCAACAAAUGAUCUGGAAGACAAGGAACUCCAUGAUUUGCUUCGCGCCAUCGUGCUGUACCGACGUAUCUUCCCUUCAACUUUACUUCGUGAUACCGAAUGCAAAGGUCCAGCAAAUGGCGCAAGCGCUGGUAUUAGUGUCUCGUUGACACCGAUGUUAUCGCCGCCGCCAUCACCUUCCCGACGAGACGGGGCACUUCAUCUCGCAUUGCGUCGUUGCCUAGACUCAGCUGCGUUCGACCGUGGAGAUGCUUUGGAGGACGCACGAGAUCGAGUCGUGGAUUUACUGACAUCUGAAAGUAGUUCUUGGCAGAGACAGCCGCAGUACUGAUGUGACUUUUCUUUUCUUUUGUCGAGGACAAUUUAACUUAUCCUCGCUUUAUUCCAUGUACUCUGAUUAUUGUUAUUUUCGUGUAUGGCUGAUAAAUCUAAUGAUACAGGAAUGUGAUAGAAAUAAAUGGUUAUAUAUUCAC